GCUCCCGUAUAGGUGAUGGUGGUGAGGGACUGAUAGCCGUUUAUCUCAGCGGUGGUGGUUGUGGUGGUGGCGCUGUUUUGCCUUUCUUUUCCUCAUCAUCGUUUCGUUGGAAGAGCGAAAACAGAGCGACCACAACAGAGCGGCAGAGUAGCUCAACAACAGAACAAUAGAGUACGAGUUUCUCGCUGUGCUCGCUCGUCGUCGUCGCCGUAGUCAUCAUCAUCGUCGUCGUUGUGGCCGUUGUCGUUUUGGUUCAGGCCGUUUCAGCGCCUUCAUCGUGGUAAUCGUUGUUGGGAACAUUGUGAACGUAAUCGACGUCAGUCAAAAUACAACAAACUGGCGUUUUGAUGGCGCAUUCGUUCGAAGGCAACGGUUUGGAUUGGAGCAGCAGGCGCGCGCUUUGUUUUAUUAUCCACUUUAUCACCAUUUAUUGUUAUUGGCAUUGUGGUGUUUGAACGCACGAUACUCCCAACACUCGCUAGGUACUAUUUAGUGCGGUUAAUGCUGUUGUACUCGAACUGUGCGCAUUCUAGUUGGUGGCAAUAACAAUAACAACAACAGAAACAACAAAAACUAAUAACAAGAACAUCAACGACAGUGACAGCGAUAACGAAAACGACAACGGCGGCAGAGUUUUAGAGUCAGCGACAGCGGUUGGAUUCGGUGAAUAUUCCCGCUAUCGGAUCGCUAUCGCAACGCUAUCGCAAGGCAUCGCGGCGUUCAAUGCAGUGCAUUAGAGUUAAAUUGGAAUAGUGUAGGGUCGCGGCAGUGACGGGCAAAACUCAUCAAAGCAAACGCAAGCGGCAGCAGUAGCAGUAGCAUCAGCAACAGUCGACAGGCAGACAGGCAGUGAGUUAGUCAGUUGCUCAGUAAUUCAGUGCUGCGGCAGUGCUCGUAACAAAAUCGCGGUUUGGUGACUCGAACGCAAAUAAAUUUGAUUAUUAUUAUUAUUGUCGCUAUUACUAUUAUUAUAACGAUUAUUGUGUUGAUUGUGGCUGUUAUUCGUAGUAUUAUGCUGAUGACGUUUUCAUGAGCCAUUGUGGUCGAUAGUUUUCGGCUAAAAGUAAAUUGUUAAAAAAAACGAAUAUUUUAAGCAGACAAAGCAAACAAAAAAGUUAAAUGAGUUGAAUUAAAUAAAAAACAAAAAUUUCGAGGUUGGCCGAAGAAGAGACGCCAAUUGAAUUGUGUAAAAAUAAAAAAAAUAAAAAUAAACAGAAAAAGUUAGCGGCUAAAUACAAAAAUGAUUUACAACAGCAACAUUUUGAGAAAGUUAAUAAUAUUAUAAUGAAGACAAACACCGCCGCUAAUUGAAAAAUAAACUAAUAAUUCAAAAAUUUAAUAAAAACAUUUCAUUGUGAGCUUACCUCCAUAUCUCACAAACGAAACAAUAAAAACUGUGCAAACUUACUUUGUAUUGUACUAAAUUAGUACAUAAACCUUAUGAUAAAAUUUUAUUUGUUCUUGAAGAACCUGAGCAGAAUUAUUAUUUUUUUUUCAAACUGGCUUCAGUAAUAAUAACUCUUAAAUCGAAGAUAGUAUUGUGAGAACUUAUUUAAUUUUAAGAACGAAAAGAAGUAUACGAAAAACAAUUCAACCAAAAAUCGAAACAAUAAAAUUAAUAAUUUAACCGAAACUAUUUACAAAAUUUGAAAAUAACCAAAAAGUUUCGAAUACAAAAUAAAACUUCCAGUUAAGAGUUGAUUAUAAUGUGAAUAUUUUCUAUGAAGUUAAUAUUUCAUUCGUGACGGUUAUUUAUUAAAAUAAGCUAUAUUGUGAAACUUUGUGAACUUAUGUGGAAAGUGCUAAAGCAGAGGUAAAGUGAAGUCAGUACGCCCUAUCUUGCCAAACCUAUUCAAAAAAUUAAAAAGUGUUAAAACUGUGCUAAUAUUUGUAAAUCAGGAAUAAGCGGCCAAUACAAACGCCACUACUUCCAGCAACUCCAACCCAAAAACAAACAAAAAAACAAAAACAAGUGUCAGUCGAUUCUCGUCCGUGAGGCACUCUACAACCGCCAAAAUUCUUACCACCAGUAAUAUGAAUUCAUAUUUUGAACAAGCUUCAGCGGGCUUCUACGGCCACCCGCAUCAACCCACCGGUAUGGCCAUGGGCACUGGCGGCCAUCACGAUCAGACAGCUACAGCGGCGGCGGCCGCAUACCGUGGUUUCCCGCUCUCAUUGGGCAUGUCGCCGUAUGCCAAUCACCAUUUACAACGCACCGCACAGGACUCGCCCUAUGAUGCGAGCAUCACUGCAGCCUGUAACAAGAUCUACAGUGAUGGCGCCUACAAGCAAGAUUGCCUCAAUAUUAAGGCAGAUUCAGUGGUCAAUGGUUACAAAGAUAUCUGGAACACCAGCGCAAACGGUACAGGUGGAGGAGGCGGCGGUGGUUCUGGCGGAGGCGGUGGCUCAGGUGGUGGCUCUAACGGGUCAAACGGUAAUGGACAGAAUAAUGCCGCUGGUGGCAUGCCUGUGCGGCCAUCUGCCUGUACCCCAGACUCGCGUGUAGGCGGGUAUUUGGACACUUCGGGUGGUAGCCCGGUCAGCCAUCGAGGUGGAAGUGGCGGUGGUAGUGGCGGAACAGGUGGCGGAGUUGUUGGUGGCGGCCAAGGUGCUGGCGGUGUCGGCGGCGUGGGUGGUGUUGGUGUUGGUGGUGGUGUGGGUGGCGUUGGCGGAGCAGGAACCGCUUGGAAUGCAAAUUGCACAAUUUCCGGCGCCGCAGCAGCUCAAAGCGCUAGCAGUUUACAUCAGGCCACCAAUCACACAUUCUACCCCUGGAUGGCUAUCGCAGGUAAGAUAAGAUCAGAUUUAACACAAUACGGCGGAAUAUCAACAGACAUGGGUAAGAGAUACUCAGAAUCUCUUGCGGGCUCGCUUCUGCCGGAUUGGCUAGGUAAGUACACAAAAAAGCGUAUGAAGUGAAUACCAUUUUUUAAUUUUUUA